UCUUUUCAUAUUUGAGAAGUUCGAAGGACUCUGGAAAUAAGCUCACCUUUUUUGUCAGGCAAUGCUUUUGAGGAAAACACAUCUGUCCUCACAAAAAAACCCUCUUGCCUAGGAAUCGGACACCAAGUUUGUUUAACACAGAACUAGACCCCUGUUUUUGCCAUAUCUCAGGGCGAGGAGGAAACCUGAAGCGAUACGUUUAUUUUACCACCGUUCUGGUUCUUCUGAGAUAUUCUCUGCCCCACCAAACACCUCCACCAUCAACUCCUUGCUCCUAUUACACCAAAAGUUACUGAUGUAGCUGCAGAGGCUGACAGCAAUGUCUUUCUUUUCUGAUGCAAAAUACUUUUUCUAUCAGCUCGCUUCGGUUUUUGGAGAGGUGUUGAGUCUCCUGCUGCCUUGGCACUGCUCUACAGGUGGAGAAAAGGAGAAAAUGCUCAGAUUUCUGUAAUUUCUUCUUGAAAGUGAAAUUAUGUGGUAAAAAAGGGAAGACCUUUGUACAACCUUAAUUAAAAAACCAUGAGCAACAUGGUACUGAACAGAUGCAGGGGCUAUCGAUGCUUCUAACUAGUGAUGAACUCUGAUUUCUAAAUAGAGAAAAGGUGUCUUUCUACAACAGUCUUUCAGGCUGGGUUGUUCAUACCUAUUGAACCAAAAAAGAUACAGAUCCUGGCAAAAGAAACUUCAAUGCUUGCUGCUGACAUUAUAGUAAAAAAUGAAAUUCUACGAUGCAGUAAUAAAAAUCUUAAAUGAUGUUAUCUGUUAUAAAUCAGCAAGUGACAACAAAUUGGGGCAAAUAAUCUUUAACAACAAUUUCUGUCCAUAAAUUCAAUACAUAUUUUUUUUAUAUUUAACUAUACAGGGACACGAGUAAGUGAUCAUAAUGAAUGGGCGAUGUAUAUUGUGUCUCCUCUACAGUGUGCCAUACUCAGUAAUCACCUUUACCAAAAUACCAUUCUCUUCACAGAACUUUAUUCCAAUUAGUUAUUUUUCCUUUCUCUUCUCUUUCUUAUAUGUCUGUUAAAUGUUUCAGCAGUGCUGUGAUCAACAGAAGAAUAUACCAUAUCACAGAAGAUUGUACCAUGUUCCAUUACCACUACGAAAAAAAAAAAGAGGGAGGGGUCAGAAUAUUUAAUUUUAAAGUCAAAUUCCUCAUGUGCCAUCUCCCUUGGGAUGCUGUUGGAAACAGCCUAAUGAUCUCUUCUGAAACUUGUUGCAGAUGAUUGCCCUGGUUAUGGAUUCCUUCACAGAUACUGAUAUCUUCAAAGACCUUUUGGAAGCUUGUAGCCAGCGGCAAGUUAAAGCAUAUAUCCUUCUAGAUCAGUCUUCAUUUUCCCACUUUCUAAAAAUGUGCAAGGAUCUGGGAGUUGACCUCGAACAGGAAAAGCUGAUGAGAAUUCGAAAUAUCACUGGGAAAACAUACUACACGAGGUCUGGUGCCAAAAUUGUUGGAAAAGUCCGUGAAAAGUUCAUGUUAAUUGAUGGCAUUAGAGUGACAACAGGCUCCUACAGUUUUACGUGGAUGGAUGGGAAGCUGAACAGCAGUAACAUUUUGAUUCUGUCAGGCCCUGUGGUUGCACACUUUGACCUGGAAUUUCGGAUUCUUUAUUCACGGUCAAAGCCUAUCAACCUCAAAGAGUUAUCCAGCUGCAAGAAGAACACGGUGUUGGACCAGCUGGUCAGGAUAACAGUGGCUUCCAGAGACUCAACCAGGGAAAACUUCCUAGGAAUGGAGUUUUUUUAUCUUAGAGCAUUUGUAGGAAAUCUAAAAAGGAAGCGAAGCUGGCUGCAUGCCUCAAGGGAGGCAGUCUAUAUGUCAAAUAAUGCAAUGCAUGCCUCUCCGCCACUGACUAAGAGGAAUGGCUCUCUAGUUAUGAGGCCACACUGGAUCGUAGAGAGAUGAAUUGCACGUUCACUCGGUGCGAGAAGCAGAACCUCAGGAGGCACAUCCAGCCGUCCAUGUCCAGUACUGUUUUACAGUAUGUUUGUGAGAGAGCUGGGAAACAAACCUUGAACUGAGAGAAAGUGAUACUGGAAUUGUGGUUUUGUUUGAAGACCACUGUAAUGCAGAGCAACAGAUACAAUUAUGGCAUUGUCUUAGGCUCAGAUGUGUUUUAAAAAAAUACUCUAACACCUAGAAAGCCGUUAUUGACUUCUAGUAUUCUGUCAGAUUUUCAUUUUUCAACCUAUUCUUACAUGUUUUAAAGCUGAUGGGUUAGCAGUGUCUUAGCUCAGUAGCUCAAACCUUUUUGUAAGGAAUCUAGGUAUAGAAAAUACUACUACUUAAAACUCUUCCAAAGAUUAAUAUCAGGUCUGCUGUACAGCUCUGAAAUCAGUCUGUUUAGUCUUGUGUUGCAUGAACUCUCCACAGACCGUUUCAUGACACAGAAGUAAUCAUAAUCUAGAAACUAGUAGACAGUACCAUGCUAGUAGUCCUCAAAUGUUACCUUUUCUUUACACAAAGCUGUGCUGCCAGGCAGAACGAGCUAACAUGUCAGGCAAACAAGGCUUUCGCAAUGACUGAAUUUCAAAUUACCUUUUCUUUACAAUUAUAAGGAUACUUGUGUUGUUGGACAUCAUGCAAUAAAUGCAUGCAAGGCAUAGUAUUCCUAAGAACCUACUAUGUUUGUACAGAGCCAAAUGUGACCAUUUUCUUGGCAUUAUUAUAUAUUACUAUACAUACUUUUGGGUUUCUUUAUGGUUAUUACUGCUGUCUGAUCUUAUGGGAAAACUGAGUAGAUCUGAAAUCUGUGAAGCUGCUGCUACUUCUCAAAAGCCUUACUUUCACCAGCCAUGAAAUAACAUGGAAGUCAGAAAUAGAACAGUUUAUUUUUAUGGUUUCAUACAAGCUAGAUUUUUAAAAAAUAAAAAUCCAUCCACUUCUGGAGGAAAAAAAAAAACAAAACCCACAAAUGAACAAACUGUCCUCCCAAACAUUUGUAAAUAGAGACACUAAAGUUCCAGCAGCCUGCUAGUGCAGAAACUCUCAGCCCAACCACGGUAGCUGUGGCCAAAGCAAAGGUGCACCAUUUCCUGAGUUGUUCUUGAGGCUCUCAGUCAGAUAUAUGCUUGUGUAAGUGUCUUGUGGGUUCUGGGCUUCAAGGGGGAGGGUUAAAACUCAGCUGGGGAAUUUCAUCUGGUUCCAUGCUGAACAUCUGCAGGACAACAUUAAACUGGACAUGUGGAGCUUACAAAAAUACCCUUUAUGGACAGUGCCAUAGUGUACUGAUUAGGAUACAACUAAUCUGCACCCUUUUGCUUCUGCGCUUACAGUCAUGGCAAUGUAAUAGUUUUGACUGUCCUAAUCUGUAAAUAUUCAGUAGUCUUAUCUUUUAACCAGAUGUAAAGAAGUUUGAAAUAUACCUUUUUAUUCUUAUUUUCCAUACACAUAAAACAUAUGGUGUUUUAGUCUAUGCAAAAUAAUUGCUUACAAAAUCUUAUUUUCACAAUAAUAUCUGUAUUAUGUUUUCUCAAAUAAAAGUUUUUAACUUUGUUAUUCAUCUCAUUAAUAGGCAACUCUCUCCAUGUGCCAUUAGUAGGGCUUUUUUUCAACAGUUUCUAAUAUACCAAUAAUACAAAAUAAUGUAGUGAGUUGUGUUUGAGAGUGGACUUAAUCUUAAAAGUACAUUGAAAUAAAUAACUAGAAUUUUAAGAAUGUCUUUAAUUAUAUCUGAAUAAUCUCUUUUUCACGUGGUUACCUACUUAGCAUACAAAGUGACAGUGGAGGUACAGUGUUGUGAACUGCAGUCUGUGUAAAUCACCACAACUGCACUGCUAGUGUGUUGUUAUUCAUGGAGAAUGAUUAGUAAGAAUAUAAAGUGAUUAUAUAUUUUUGUAUAUAUUUUCUAUAAGCAUGAUUUUUUGACAGCAUUACUAAACUUAUUAGAAGCUGUUUGUUAUUUUUUUUCUCCACUCCAGCCUAUACUUAGUUAACUCAAAGUCUACACCGGGUUUGAUUCAAUAACUUUGUAAUGAGCCUGUGGUAAGGCACCGCUGGUGCGAAGGAACCCUCUGCGUGGCGUAGGGAAGCGAAUAGCUUCAUCUGAGACAAGUGCUUUCAGUAGGCGGUCUUUAACCCCGCUAAUCCUAGGUUUUCCCCCAGGUUUUACACUCCAUUGUAGUACCAGCAGUUCCUGGCAGGCUUGGCUCACGCAUUCCCCGGGCCCGCGUUAUCCGUAUUUCACCCUUUUCCGCCGGCCCGGAGGGGAAGGCCGCGCCCGUCACACCUGAGGAACCGAGCAGCGGGU